GCGCAGCUGUGUCGUGCGCUGUACGACAACACGGCCGAGUGUCCGGACGAACUCUCCUUCAGCAAAGGAGACCUUAUGGUCCUCCUCCAGCCAGAAGGGACUGGCCUGGAGGGCUGGCACUUGUGUUCCUUGCACGGCCAGCAAGGGAUCGUGCCCGCCAACAGGGUGAAGGUCCUCCCCGAGUCGGGAUCUCACCCAAAUCACACCCCAGCAGAGGUCUACCAGGUCCCAAAGAAGGAAGGGCUUCUUCUGAUGGGGAAGAUCUCAGAUGGAUCCAUGGACGGAUGGAGAAGGAAAGAUCAAAGGAAAGAAGAACAGGAGGUCUAUGAGAUCCCACCACCCGCAAGGCCCUGCCCGUUGCCCCCAGAGGGGAUCUACAGGGUCCCUCGGGGGACGCGGAGAGAAGAAGAUUCUGCGGAGGUUUACGACGUACCCUCAUCUUUGCUCCGCGAUGUGGUUUUGGACACGUACGAUUCGCCGGCCCCGCGGGUCAAAAAAGUUGCCCGCGUAGCCCCCCAGCCCAGCGCCCCGACGAAUGCGGACGAGGCUUACGACGUGCCGCUCGCCUUCAAAAAGACCCUGGCACAAGGAGAGGAGGAGGAGGAGGAAGAAAACUGCGAAGGGCCACUGAUCUACGCCAUCCCGUCCAAUUUACGCCGGGCUUCCGCCUUGCUUAACUUGUACGAAUCCCCCGAAGACAUCCGGGCUGGUGGAAAGGACGAGGAGGAUGAAGAAGAAGACGGGGCCAUUUAUGAUGUUCCUCUACUGACGCCCAGCACCCCACCCCUGGAGGGAACCCUCCAAGGACUCAAUCUAAGGGACCCGGGACCCCCCACUCGUCCCCGGCUGCCGUCCGCGGAGAGUCUGUCCCGCCGUCCGCUGCCGGCUCUUCCUAGCGAGGAGCGGCUUUCGGGCGAGCUACCGCCCCCAUCGCCCAACAUCGUGCGGAAGGGUAGCAUCCAGGACCGCCCGCUGCCUCUCCCUCCGCCCAGACUGGGGGGUCUCGGGGCAGGGGAGCAGCUGGACCAAGCCAGGGAUGAUGUCCACAACGAAUACGAAGGGAUCCGUCUCGCCGACGAGUACGACUAUGUCCACCUGAAGGGGACUGAUAAAAUCCAGCAGAAAGCCUCCACUCCCGAAGCCAGCCCCACGGUCUCGGGAGAGGCAACGCCGACAGAAGAAAUGAUGCCACCAUCCCCGGAGGACAGCCAGCUGCUGCAGUUCUACACGGGGCAGUGCCAGACGCACUACCGCACCCUCCUGUCGGCCAUCGAGGCCCUCUUGGCCAGCGCCGGGGCCCACCAGCCGCCUCGUGUCUUCGUGCCUCAUGGAAAAUUCGUCAUUGUCACAGCGCACAAGCUGGUGUUCGUGGGCGAUACCGUCUCCCGCCUGGCGUCUUCGGCGGCCGUGCGGGCAAGGGUGGGGGCCGCCAGCACAGCUCUGUGCCAAGCCUUGAAGGAAGCGGUCCUCGCGGUCAAAAGUGCCGCGUUGAGCUACCCGUCGUUGCCAGCUGCCCGCGAGAUGCAGGGUUGCGUGGCAGAAUUGUCGCGGCAAGCUCUGGCUUUCACCACCUUGCUGGGCACUUUGGCGCCCUCUUGAUCCAGGACUCCUCACAGCUGCCAUCCACCCCUACGGUGGACAAUGGGACAAUAGGUCUCUUUUUCUAUGGAGGGUGCUUGGCGGGGCCCAUCCUAGCCAGUGACAGUCCGGGAAUCGGUACUAAUGUUCCCACUUCUGCCAGGCUCGUUCAUCGGUCAAGACCAGAUCCGCCACGGCCGAUGCAUGUGCCAAAACAAAAACAAAAAACAGAGUACCCUGUCGCAUCUCAAGGACCUGCUCUUGGCCUCCUUCCUUACGCCCUUGCCAAUCUUCCUUAGCCAAAGAACGUCCCUGAUUUUGGCCCCCUCGCCGGCGUCUGUGGAACUCGGAGCCUCGUCCGCUGCCGGAUUUCAGCACGGACUCUUUAUAAUCUGGAAGGGUGACACCCCCCCCCCCAAUCAUCCACGGAGAUGAACGGAUUUGGGAUGUGGGGGGGAGGAGAGAACGGGGGACCUUUGCUAUUUUCUGGAGACUCCUGAUGGUCGAAAGGAGGGGAACGGUGUCCGGUAUGUCCGGACACUCCCACAGAGGCUUAAUA